AUGAACUAUAAUAAAAUUCUGCAAAACCCAAAUACUACUCUUAUCUUCCUCCCAAGCUUAAUGGAUACUGCUAAAGCCUAAAAAGUCUCCACCUUUAACAUCAAACUAAUCAAAACCAGGUAAAUUUAUUCAUAUUCCUAGUCAAAAAUUAAAUCUUUAGUGUUGGGUCCAAGUUUCAUGGAGCAGCUCAUGUGCAUAUUAUAGAAAAAUGGCAUCUUUUCCUCUUGUUUCAAAUGACUGCUUAUUAGUUUCUCACAAGAAAUGGCAGCCCCAUAUUGGAAAGUUUGAACCUUUAAGUAGAUUCAAGAAUCAAACUUGCUCAUUAUCCAAUUCUUGUUUUACCUCAAGUUGCGUGCCUUUGUUGGGGUUGAAUUAUAGAUUGUAUAAAUCUCAAUGUAAUUACAAGAAAUGGAUGCUCCAUUUUGGAAAUUUUGAACCUUUAAAGAGAUUCAAGAAUCUAUCUUGCUCAUUUUCCAAUUCUUGUUUUGGGUUGAAUUAUAGGUUCUGUAAAUCUCAGAGUAGAGUACUACUUUGUAGUACUGGGGUUAGGUCACUGGUAAAUGAGAAGGGAGAUAUAGAAACCCAUUUGAACAAAACAGAAAGUAAUGAUAUUCGUAGGAAGUUUUCGUUGAGAUUGAGACCAAGGCUAAGAUUAUUGUCAAGAAGGUUGAAAAGGGUGUCUGUUAAAUCUAUGUUAAAUGAUUUUGGCAAGUUUUUGAGGAAGAAUACAAGAAGAGUGACACUGUCAACUUCAAUCUCAGUGGUAUUGGGCUUGUGCUAUUUGUUUCUAAGAUUGACAGCAACUCCUUCUCCAAAGGUUGUUCCAUAUUCAGACUUGAUUACUAGUCUUCAGGGAGGGACUGUAACUAAGGUUCAAUUUGAGGAAGGCACGCGGCGUAUUUACUACAAUACAAACUUCAGUUGUCUUAAGAAUGUUCAGGCAGGUGAAGCUAGUUCUUUAGUUCCUGCUGAAAGCGCGGCUGUUCAGACAGGUGAAGAUAGUUCCUUAGUUCGUGCUGAAAGCGCGGUGAUAAUUGGGGAAAGCAAAGAUAUGGAUAGCAACAAAGGUGGCAGGAGUAAAAUGUCAAAAGCCCAACCUGUAUGGCAGUUUUCGACGAGGAAGAUUGAUCAUGAUGAAGGAUAUCUUCUCAGUCUAAUGAGGGAAAAGGGAACAGCAUAUGGAUCAGCCCCUCAAUCAGCACUUAUGUCGAUUAGGAGCUUAUUGAUUACUAUCUUAACUUUAUGGAUUCCUUUGACUCCUUUAAUGUGGCUUCUCUAUCGUCAACUUUCUGCUGCCAAUAGUCCUGCAAAAAAACGAAAGCCAAGUAACCAGGUGGUUGGCUUUAAUGAUGUCGAGGGUGUCGAUGCUGCAAAAGUCGAACUUAUGGAGGUAGUAUUGUGUCUGCAAGGAGCUAUAAACUUCAGUAAAUUAGGGGCGAAGUUACCAAGAGGUGUACUGCUUGUAGGUCCACCUGGCACAGGAAAAACGUUACUAGCUCGUGCAGUGGCAGGAGAAGCAGGACUACCCUUUUUUUCCGUUUCUGCUAGUGAGUUUGUUGAAAUGUUUGUUGGAAGAGGAGCAGCUCGCAUUAGAGACCUUUUUAGCGUAGCAAGAAAGAAUGCUCCGUCAAUCAUUUUCAUCGAUGAACUUGAUGCUGUUGGAGGAAAGCGCGGCAGGAGUUUCAAUGAUGAAAGAGACCAAACUUUGAAUCAGUUGCUUACGGAGAUGGAUGGCUUUGACUCAGACUUGAACAUCAUUGUAAUUGCUGCAACUAAUAGACCAGAAGCUCUGGAUCCAGCUUUAUGUCGGCCUGGACGUUUCUCCAGGAAAAUUUUAGUCGGUGAACCAGAUGAAGAUGGAAGGAGAAAGAUCCUGGCCGUACACUUAAGAGGAGUGCCCCUUGAGGAAGACCUGGAGCUUGUGUGUGACCUGGUUGCAUCUCUUACUCAAGGCUUUGUAGGUGCUGACCUUGCUAACAUUGUCAACGAAGCUGCUUUACUAGCUGCACGCAGAGGUAAGAUUUAUACAUAUUGCACUUAUUACCACUGUUUCAUUGCAUUCAAAAAUGCUUAGGGGUCGUUUGGUAGGAUACAUUAGAUAAAAUAAUGCAUUCAUUAGCUUUGUGUAUUAGUAAUGCCUUGUUUGGUACACAUUCUGAACCUAUGCACUGGUUAUGCAAGCAUUAGUUAUACACCCUAUUUGGUAUUAUCCUAUGCAUAAGUAAUGCAUAGAAAAUCAUGAUAUUAACAA